ACUAUGUGCCCUCAAUAAUAUUCUUAGGUGAACUCAAUAAAAUGGAACGUAAGUUAUUAGAAAAAUGGCGGCGGCGAUUGUUAGUUCGGCUCGACAGGUGGGGAGGCUAACAAACGCUGGAAGGAGACUUUAUUCAGAUGUUUAUCCAAAAAUAACCACACAUUACACAAUAUAUCCUAGAGAUAAAGAUCCGAGAUGGAAAGAGGUAAACAUGGAACGUAUGGCCGAGGAGACAGACAUCCUCAUCAUAGGUGGUGGGCCUGCUGGCAUGGCAGCAGCUAUCAGAGCUCGACAAAUUGCAGAAGAAAAGGGGGCUGAAGUAAGGGUUACACUUCUAGAGAAAGCCGCAGAAACAGGUGGUCACAUUCUGUCAGGCGCGUGCGUGGACCCCAUAGCCCUCAAUGAACUGAUCCCAGACUGGAAAGAUAAGGGAGCACCUGUCAACACCGAGGUGACUUCUGAUAAGUUCGGUCUACUCACCAAGAGCGGAAGGAUACCCAUACCUGUAUUCCCUGGUUUACCAAAUUACAACCACGGCAACUACGUAGUACGGUUGGGACAUCUUGUGAAAUGGCUCGGAGAACAGGCGGAGGCAGCAGGUGCUGAGGUGUGGCCGGGAUGCGCAGGCGCAGAGCUCUUGUAUCGCGACGACGGCUCACUCAAGGGCGUGGCGACAGGAGACGUGGGUAUCGCCAAGGACGGCAGCCCUAAGGACAUGUUCGAAAGGGGCAUGGAGUUUCAUUCCAAAAUUACCAUAUUCGCUGAAGGUUGCCAUGGUCACUUAACAAAAAUGGUGUCGAGCAAGUACAAUCUCAGGGAGAACAGUGAACCUCAAUCAUACGGCAUCGGUCUGAAAGAGUUGUGGGAAGUCAAGCCUGAGAACCAUAAGCCCGGAUUAGUAGAGCACACGAUAGGCUGGCCGCUGGACAAGAACACGUAUGGAGGCUCCUUCAUAUAUCACCUCAACGUGGAGGAGGGAGAAGCACCCCUUGUGGCGAUGGGGUUCGUGGUGGGCCUUGACUACUCCAACCCCUACCUCAGCCCCUUCAGGGAGUUCCAGCGGUUCAAACUGCAUCCGUAUGUCAAGCCUAUGUUGGAGGGUGGAUCCCGCGUAGCAUACGGCGCGAGAGCAUUGGUGGAGGGCGGCUGGCAGUGCCUGCCCAAGGUUGUGUUCCCUGGAGGGGUACUGGCCGGAGAUACAGCGGGCUUCCUCAACGUGCCAAGGAUCAAGGGCACGCACAACGCCAUGAAGAGCGGUAUGUUGGCGGCGGAGACUGCGAUGGAUCUCAUUUUGUCUGGAGAGGCGUCCCACGACACAGGCGUCGUGCCGGAGAAAUACGUGGACAAACUCAACGAAUCUUAUGUCUACAAAGAAUUGAAGCAAGUGCGCAACUGCCGUCCGUCGUUCCACACCAAGCUCGGGCUGUACGGCGGCGUGCUCUACUCCGCCUUCAGCACGCUCGUCAGGGGCAAGGAACCAUGGACCUUCAGCCACGGCGGAGCCGAUCAUUCUAAGCUGAAGCCUGCCAAAGAGGCCACACCUAUUGAGUACCCGAAGCCAGAUGGAGUUAUCACCUUUGAUCUGUUGUCAUCAGUUGCUUUGACCGGCACCAACCACGAAGCGGACCAGCCACCUCACCUGACGCUGAAGGACGACACGGUGCCCGUCAAGAGGAAUCUCGGAGUGUUCGAAGGACCAGAGGCUAGAUUUUGUCCCGCAGGUGUGUACGAGUUCGUGCCACUAGAGACGGGUGAGGGAGAGCGGCUGCAAAUCAACGCACAAAACUGCAUACACUGUAAAACUUGCGACAUAAAGGAUCCAUCGCAGAACAUCAACUGGGUCGUGCCGGAGGGCGGCGGCGGUCCCGCCUACAACGGCAUGUAAACCCACACACUGCCACACGCUACCACACGACUGAUCAGCAUCGCAGCUCAAAACUCGGUGAUCUACACCCGUUUCCAAUAAACGAUCCCAAUCUCAAUCUAUCCAAAUCUUCAAUCCCGAUUCCGAGAAAGAACCAAUCAAAAUAACUCAUUUGAAUGUAAGUCAAAAAUACUUUGUUCUGAUUGGUCCAUUGUUGAUAGAUAGAAAAAGCGAUUGAGAUCGUUUAUUGAAAAUGGCCAUUCGGAUAUAAUUUCGGCUGAUUUCAUUAAGGCCCAGUCCCCAGCACAACAGCGGAAUAACCUUUUUUUUAGAGGUGAUCAAUUCGAAAUUUAUAAUACAUAUAAAAGUAAAUUUAUCAUCAUAUUUCUGCAUUAUGGUUGUUUAAAAUUUUUUGUAAUGUGGAUACUGUUUCGUAAAUUUCGUAAUUUUGGUCGUUUAAAAUUUAAAAAAGACCUACAACGAUUUUUUUAAUGAAUUAUUCUUAAAUUUUGAAUAUUCCCGUCGUCACGUAUGGAGCGAAAUACUCAAAGCCGUUUGUUCGAGGAGGGGUCGUAAUGGCCAAUGCCUAAAAACUACUAAUAACCGUCGGAUCCAUUGCGAAAAUGAAACAAUCAAAAUAAAGUUUGACGCAUACAUUAGUUAUUCAAAGUUUAAGAUCGAUUGUGACAUGAGAUUAUUGUAAUAUUCGUAAUACGGUCCAUGAAAUAAUGUUGUGACUGAUGUUGAAUUUAGAGUUCAUUUUUAUUGAACAAAUAACUGGUAUAUUGAUUUUGACAGAUUAUCUCUUAAAAAAAGUCGUUGAUUUUAACAGUUUAUCGAGAAAUCAGACGAAAUAAAUCUAUUAACUUAUUUUCAAUUAUGUGUUCAAUAAAUAUAGCAUGUUUAGACAAAUUAGUAGAUAUAAUAAUAGUAAAGUACUUGUUUAUUUUUCGAAUUGAUAUCUUGGUAGAUCACCGUUUGUAUUCUAUAAUAUUUUUAUAUGUAUUUUGGAGAAUUUACUUUAUAUUGUAUACACAAUCAUGUAAAAUAAUAUGAAAUUUACCUAUUUUGAGAGAUGUUGUGAUAUUCCUUAUCAAGUGUUCAGAUUAAUGUAAUUUUUCCCGUUUUUACCCGAAGUUAUAUAUUAUAUGUAUAUAUUGUAUUGGUAGCUGGAACUGAUUUACCCAAUAAUCAUACAUAUAAAAUGACGUCACAAUGUAUGAAUGAAAAACUAAAAUAGGACAUAGUAGUAUAGCAAUAUAGUCGGUUUUCUUUCAGCAAUGUUCCAGACUGAGGUGGUACCUUUUUCUUAUAAAGAGCCUGGUUGCUUUUCGUAACUAACGUGAGAUUUCUAAAAACGUCUAAAAAGCAAAUUAAAAAAAAAUGUAUAUAAAAAAAAUUGCCUUGAGACCAUGACGGUUAGUCUUGAAAUAUUAUAGUAAAAAUUAAACCAAAUAAACGCUAAAUAUGUUUUAUACCAAUUAAAGUAACAUAGGACCUGUUUCAUGAAGUCGUAGAAUACAAAGUUAAGCUUCCAAAUAAAUAGUAAACAAAAGGCCAAUAUACAAUACUGUCUUAUGGCCUUUUAAUAAACGAUUCCAAUCGUUAUUCUAUCUGUCUCAAAAAUGAACCAUUCAGAACAGUUUAUUUUGAUAUGUUUACGAAUGAGUUAUUUUGAUUGGUUCAUUCUCGAAAUCGGAUUAAGGAUUGAGAUUGGGAUCGUUUAUUGAAAACGGCUUGACAUUCACCUAACAUUGUGAAACAGGCACUUAAUAGCACGAUUUAAGUUUAACUUAACCUUUUAUCGGUGGCGAUGUGUCUAUACAACUUAAUUCCUACCGGCUUUCCUUUUAGGUUCAUUUACGUUUGUCUUAGUUAAUGUUUUUAUGAGGCAUCAAAGGCUUUUUUUUUGCUUCGGGUUACCUUUCGAUUUCUCUCUUCGCCACUGCUUUGUAUCGACUUGUAAUCAAAUCAUGUAAUCGUAUAUAAUUUUAAAUGUAACAGUCUAUCUCUAAUGGUGCCUAUUUUAGUGUUAGGUAAUAUUUAUUGAGUCUGUGUGUUACCGAAACCUCGUGAUGUCUUCACAUUAGAUUAAGUGUUAAUUUUAUACAUAAUAAAUAAAUGUUAUUAUAGAA